AAGUAAAAAUUAGGUUUGUUUUGCGAAGCUCCCAGCACCAUCCCCAGAACAGAACACUGCAAUUUCCGAAGUAAUCAUCUGUUACAAUGUUGAAGAAAUUGUUUAUCUCCCACAAUGUUAUUUUAGAAAUCAACGCAACAAAAUCAACAACCCCAAAAAUUGAUCAUCUUUUUCAACACUUCUCAUUCCCAAUUUCACUCACAAGAUUCAGCACCACAACAUCAACAUCAGAAUCCAACACUCACCCAUUCGCUGCAUCCUACCUCAUCGACAAUUUUGGUUUCUCACCUCAAUCUGCUCUUAAAGCUUUCAACAACAAACAGGUUCGUUUCAAUACCCUUGAAAAGCCUAAUUCAGUUCUCACCUUCUUUCAAAAUCAUGGCUUUUCACACGAAAACAUACGCAUCAUCAUUAGAAAAGAACCAUGGUUACUUUCAUCACAACCCCACAAAAUGUUAUUGCCAAAGUUUGAAUAUUUUCUAUCCAAAGGUGCUUCUUCAGCUGAUAUUGUUUCAUUGUUAACUGCAAACCCUACAAUUUUACGAAGUAGCUUGGGCAAACGAAUAAUCCCUCUUUUUGAAUUGUUAAGUAGGUUCUUUAAAACCAACAAGGAUAUCAUUGUUUGCUUACUUCGACAUUCAAUGUCGUUUAUUAUUAGCCCAUAUCACCUUAUUGUGGCUAAUAUCAAUUUGAUAACUGGUUUUGGAGUUUCUGAUUCUACCAUUGCUAAAUUGCUUCAGAAAAGGCCAUCUAUAUUUGGUUCAACUGAUUUGAUUAAGUCAUUAGAGGAAGUUAAGCGUUUAGGGUUUCAUCCUUCAACAACUACUUUUGGGACUGCUUUGACAGCCAAGAAAGGUUUAAGUAAAAAACUUUGGGAUGAGAAAGUUGAUGCCUUUAAGAAAUGGGGUUGGUCUGAUGAAGAUGUUAUUCGAGCAUUUAGGAGUUAUCCUAAUAUUUUGUUGGCUUCCAUUGAAAAGAUUAAUUUGUUGAUGAUUUUUUGGGUCAAUCAAUUGGGUUGGGAUUCCUUGGAACUUACUAAAUGUCCAAUUAUGUUUGGUUAUAGUUUACAUCAAAGGAUCAUUCCAAGGGCAUCAGUUUUGCAAUUUCUAUUUAUGAAAGGUUUGCGAGAAAAGAAUGCAAGCUUAGUUGCACCAUUUACUUAUUCUGAGAAGCUGUUCUUGAACAAGUUUGUUUUCAGCUUUGAGGAGGAGUCUGAUUAUCUAUUAAAGCUAUAUAAUGAAAAACAGAAACUUGCAAAUACAAAAGAGAACACUAGCAUGCCUACCUCCAAAUGUCCUUGGAGGAUUUUAUCUUUAAGGAGAAAUUAUUCAAGAUUGAUGUCGGAAAACCUUGAGCUAGUUGCAGACGAAUCAUGAGCUAGUUGCAGAUGAAAUUUCAAUUCAGCCAAGGGUUCAUCAAAUUUCAGUAAAUCUUGAGCAACAGAUUCCACCAAGGUGUCCCCACGAAUGAACUUUGGUUCCAUUUUUGGAGGACCCAAAAUUGAUUCUAAAUGUGUAGAAUUUAUUUUUAUAUGUUUGAUUGAUCUCAAGUCGAACUGAUUUCGUCUCUAGAAUUGAUUAUUCUCUUAAGAUGUGGGUGGGUGUUUGAUGGUAACCUUUUUCAACAUAUAUCAUGUUGCUGUUGUUUUUAUUUUUGCUGGAACAAAUGUGCGCUUGAGUUGUUUGAUAGGAUGUGCAGUUCUUUAUGAGUAUGAUCCCAACUUCAACACCUUUUCCUUUUACCAACUUAAUUAUGUCCAGCGCGACAAGGUGAUCAAAUCCGAGACCAAUUAAUUAUUGUUAAAAUGCGUGUGUUGAAGCCAAAAAAUGAUAUGUAACUGGAUAUAAGAAAAAACAGUGGAUUCUUCUGACAAUUACUUUGUCAUUAUCAGCGGAUGGACAGUAUUGAUGGUUUGGUUGUUAGGGUAUAGAAUUUGGUUUGAUUUCUCAUAUCUUUCUGCAAAAUUAUGUGUAAUGCAAAUCAUGAUU